AUGUCGCACUACUGCCGUCAUGCCCAGCUGUCCGUGGUGGCCGCGGCGGCUAAGAGCAGCAGCACCGCCACCACCACCAGCAGUGGCGGCAACACAAGGCACAACAAUAAUAAUAAUAACAACGACGACGACGACGGUGGUGGUGAGGUGGAGCGGGGCGGUGCUGGCGUUACGGAGGUGAUGCAGACAGCCCUGCACGUCGUCGCCGCGCACCUCAGCUCCCCCAGCGAUGAGGCAGAUGACAACAGUGAGUGCGACGAGGCGGAGGAGGCGGCGAUGGAAGAGGCGCGGCUGCGCGUGUCAAUUGAAGUCGCCGCACGCGCCACCGCGUGCCGCUACGCCGUGGAGUCGCUUGCCGCGGGCGAAGACAGCAUUGUAUUCGACGGCGUGGUGGCGCUGACGCUGCCACUGUUCGCGGCGCCUGUGGCCACGCUUGUGCUGCCGCCAAUGGAGCAACUAUUCUUCUGCAUCGCGUACACAAUUGGCGCGGCGAUCCUGCGCGACGAACAGAACGAGCGACGCGCGGCCGCCACAGCGCUCACUUACAUUGACGAGGAGGGAGCUGAGGCUGGAAAUAAUGAUGAUGNGGUCGAGUGCUGGAUGCUGCAGGAGCAAUCCACUACCGGUGCCUUCGUUGGUGCACGGCUUCUGCAGUAUCUGCUCGAGUACGUCCUGCGCCCCCCUGCGCGUGGGCGGCAGCAGCAACGAGCAGGUGCCGUGCUGCGGCCGUCGACGGUGAGGCGGUGGCUGGUGCUGGUGAUGGGCGACGCACCCGAGAAGGACGAUGCCGUUGAGGCCAUGAUGACGCUCUUCAUGAACCGGCAGUAA